GAAAUUUGGUGACGUUUUAUUUAUUUUAUAUUAAUUCGCUUUAAUAGUGAAUAUAGUGAUCAUCAUUUUGUUAAUAGUGACUUUUAAAUUUAAUCGCGAAAUAACUACAAUGAAAGAUAUAAUGUUACCAAUCGAACGAAAUUCAAAAUGUGAAAAUUGCGAUCAGACCAGACGUGAUUUUUAGGUUAGGAAUCAUCGUCUCUCUAGAAUUUGUGUGUUGGGGCAGUAGUUGUGUGGCAGUGUGGGACUGCAGAUGACAAUGAUGGCUGCCACCAGCGAAGAACGGAGUGUUAUGGAUCCAUCGCGAACGAAUUCAGUGCAAAAUCAAUCUGUGGACCGUUUAAAGAUGCUCUAUCCAAUGGUGAACGAGGAUGAAACACCAUUGCCACGUUCAUGGAGUCCAAAGGACAAGUACAACUACAUUGGACUAUCGCAAAAUAAUCUUCGCGUUCAUUACAAAGGUUACGGGAAGACACACAAAGACGCUGCCAGUGUACGUACGACGCAUCCAAUACCAGCGGCAUGUGGAUUGUAUUACUUCGAGGUGAAGAUUGUGAGCAAAGGCCGUGACGGUUACAUGGGAAUUGGCCUCUCAGCACAUGGUGUUAAUGUGAAUCGACUCCCGGGUUGGGACAAACACUCGUACGGCUAUCAUGGCGAUGAUGGGAACAGUUUCUGCGCCUCGGGCACAGGCCAACCAUAUGGGCCUACAUUUACCACCGGUGACGUUAUUGGAUGUGGAGUUAAUCUCGUCGACAACACCGCUUUUUACACAAAGAACGGACACCAUCUCGGCAUUGCAUUCACAGAUUUACCCCCAAAUCUUUAUCCAACAGUUGGACUACAAACGCCAGGAGAAGUUGUUGAUGCCAAUUUUGGACAGCAACCAUUUGUUUUUGAUAUUGGGGACAUGAUGAAUGAACUCCGAGUUCGAACGAGAUUACAGAUUAUUAAUUAUCCCACGCCAGAUCAUGGCCAGGGACACUGGCAAGCAGUUCUUCACAAAAUGGUGUCUACGUACCUUGUCCAUCAUGGAUAUUGCGCAACCGCUGAAGCUUUUGCCAGCAGUACAGGACAAGUGUUCGAAGAGGAUUUAAAUUCAAUAAAAAAUAGACAAAAAAUAUUAAAAUUAGUCCUGGCAGGACGAAUGGGUGAGGCGAUAGAAUUAACGAGUCGAUUAUAUCCGGGCCUAUUGGAACGGGACCCAAAUCUUUUGUUUGCGCUCAAAUGUCGUCAAUUUGUUGAAAUGGUUAAUGGCAGUGAUUCUGAAGUUUAUUUGAGUAACAGCGAAAACCAAACGAGCGUCAUACAAUCCACCAAAGCCUAUACAAAAUCCUCGACGAACGGUAACGUUGAGGAUAUGAAUCUUAAUAAUGCAAUUAAUGGUGCGUCCGAGCAACAACAAUUUAUUAAUGGCCAAAUUGAGGAUGACGUUGAAAUGGAGGAGAAUACUGUUAUUAAUGGAGUGAAAAACACCAAUGGCUAUCAGAAUGGGAACCAAAAUACAAAUGGCUAUAAAUGCCAAAAUGGCGAGGACGUCGAUAUGGAAAUCGACACUACAAAUCACAAUCAACAUCAAAAUGGAAAUUGCGGAAUGAAUGUUGAUUGUUCGAUGACUAAGAGCUCAAAGAAACAAUUGUGCGGUGGCAAUAAACAGGCCAUCGAGAAAAUGUUGGAAUUCGGUAGACAAUUGUACGCACAGUCGUUAUUAUUGAGGCAGCAGCAUGGCAAAAAUGAGGCGAAUAAAAAAAUGAUUCAGGACGCCUUCAGUCUUCUUGCUUAUUCAAAUCCUUGGAAUUCACCAGUUGGCUGGCAACUUGAUCCACAACAGAGGGAAACAGUUUGUGCAAGGCUCAAUUCUGCCAUAUUAGAAUCGAGUAAUUUGCCACGACGACCGCCAUUAGAAGUCGCAGUAUCACACGCAAGGGAGUUGGUGCGUUUAAUGUCGAACGCAGGUCUCGGAGCAUGCAGCUUCGCAGUUGUAGACAAUAUUAUUCAAUAUUGACGGUGCCUCCCCCUGCUGCCACGAGCGCCCCUUCAACCUGCCCGAGUGUGGUGAGUGCCCUCGUAUUUAACUGAUGGAAAAAAGUGCCUCACGAUCGGUGGACCCGGCCAACAACGAACGAUUUUUCAUGCCGUCGGAGCGCUGUGAUUCCUAUUUAAAAAAAUAAUACAAACAAAAACUACAAAACAUACAACAACAACAACAACAACAACAAAAUAACAACAAUAUCGUGACCCGUUCGGCUCUUGAUCGUGCACAAUGUCCUCGUUAAUCACUUUGACGUUUUUAGACAAAACAAAAAAUAAUAAUUAUAAAUAAUAAUAAUAAUUCGUGUACGAUUUCGGGAACACCGAACUGCAAAAUAUCACAAAAUUUCCGUUUUGAAUUCUCACUCUUAGAUAAUGAAAAAUAAUAUUCAAAAAAAUGGAACACACCGAAGGGAAAGAAGAAAAGAAAGAAAGGAAUGAAUUAAAGGAAAAUAGUUGUUGAAAUUAAAGAAUAAUGAAGAUUUGGGAAAAAUGGAUAGGAAAAAUAAAAUUAUGAAGAGAUAAUAAUAGAAUUAAAAGAGAAAAAAAUGAAUGAGAAAUGAUAUGAAUUUAGUAUUUCAAAUCACGUUAAUGUACGUAAAAAAAAAUUUGGAGUUUUUUUCGUUUUGUUCCCAAUUUAGAUGAAGAAAUUUUUCAAAAAGGAUUUUUUUGAUUAAUUUCAAAGAUUUUAUUUCAUUGAUUCUCAUUUCUUUUUUCACUGGGCGAUGUUGUCGCGUUUUUUUUCUACUCUACUGGAUUUUGUUUGAUAGAAAAAUCGAUAAACAACAAACUCGAUCUCAACAAACACGCUCUUGACCUGCCAAUUGUUAAAGAGGAAAAAUAAUAAUUUAUCAAUUCUUUUUCUUUGAUUUUUUGUUUAAAGUGUUUAUUUCCAAGAAAUAAAAAAGAAAGAAGAAGUUCGAAAGUGAAGUGGAAGAGAAAAAUUCAAGAUAUUUUUGUUUUAAACAAAAAAAAUAAUAAUUGAAGCUGCCCUUUAUAAACAACGAGCCGUGUUCAAAUUUGGACGUUACGUCAAAUUCUCUCAUUCCCAAAUUCGCGUAAGUUUUUCCACUUUUUUUCUCCU